CAUAGAAGAAAAGAAAGAAGAAACGAGACUACACCUACCUAACAGUGCCACUUCUCUCUCUCUCUCUCUCUCAAAUUAUCCUCGUGCGUCAAUGGCGACUCAAGGUCAGGUUAUCACAUGCAAAGCUGCGGUGGCUUACGAGCCGAACAAACCUCUGGUCAUCGAAGAUGUGCAAGUGGCUCCCCCUCAGGCCGGUGAGGUUCGGAUCAAGAUCCUCUUCACCGCUCUCUGUCACACCGACGCCUACACCUGGAGCGGCAAGGAUCCUGAAGGUCUCUUCCCUUGUAUCCUCGGUCACGAGGCCGCUGGGAUUGUUGAGAGUGUUGGUGAAGGUGUAACUGAGGUUCAACCUGGGGAUCAUGUUAUCCCUUGUUACCAAGCUGAGUGCCGUGAAUGCAAGUUCUGCAAAUCAGGCAAGACUAACCUCUGCGGCAAGGUUCGAUCCGCUACUGGUGUUGGGGUCAUGAUGAACGACCGUAAGAGCCGCUUCUCCGUUGACGGGAAACCCAUUUAUCACUUCAUGGGUACCUCCACGUUUAGUCAGUACACUGUUGUUCAUGAUGUUAGUGUCGCCAAGAUCGAUCCUCAGGCUCCUUUGGAGAAAGUCUGCCUUCUUGGGUGCGGUGUCCCCACUGGCCUUGGAGCAGUUUGGAACACUGCAAAAGUAGAGCCUGGGUCAAAUGUUGCCAUUUUUGGUCUUGGGACCGUGGGGCUUGCUGUUGCUGAGGGUGCAAAAACAGCUGGUGCUACAAGGAUCAUUGGCAUUGAUAUUGACAGCAAGAAGUAUGAAACUGCAAAGAAGUUUGGUGUUAAUGAGUUUGUGAACCCAAAGGACCACCAGAAGCCAAUUCAGGAAGUGAUUGUCGACCUCACUGAUGGCGGUGUUGACUACAGCUUUGAGUGUAUUGGGAAUGUCUCCGUGAUGAGAGCCGCAUUAGAGUGCUGUCACAAGGGAUGGGGAACUUCGGUUAUAGUCGGUGUUGCAGCAUCAGGACAAGAGAUAUCAACCCGACCUUUCCAGCUCGUGACUGGCCGUGUGUGGAAAGGAACAGCUUUUGGUGGUUUCAAGAGUCGAACCCAAGUGCCUUGGCUUGUAGAGAAGUAUAUGAACAAGGAGAUCAAAGUGGAUGAGUACAUAACGCACAACAUGACCUUGGGAGAGAUCAACAAGGCUUUUGACCUGUUGCAUGAAGGUACUUGCCUUCGUUGUGUCCUCAGUACCAGCGAAUGAUAAACCAAUGGUUUUAUCUUCUCUUUCUCCACUUCAUCAUGUGUUUUGUGUCUUUUGUCGGUAAUGAGUCAAUGACAAGUUCCUGAGCUACGGACUCAAGUCGUGUGUAUCCUGUCUUAUGCUUCCGUAAAAUUUGAUUAAAGACCGAGUAUCAUCAUUAAUAAUAAGCGACCAUGUUGAUGGAGA